GUCCUCUCUGAGAAUGCCGAGGACUCCCAGGACUCGUCAUCGCGGCGUAAAACUCGAACUGCAAACAAGAAGAGACGUCUGGGAGAAGGAGACUCACCUGAGGAUCGCAGGACAAUAAACACCAAUACGACGGCCGCGGUCGCUACUGCUAAUGCCAUCGCAGCAGGAGGGGGCGGCGGUGGGGGUGAAAUUGAGGAGAUCGACAGCGAUCAGGACGAACCCACAGGAUUGGAGGGAGCUGCUUUCCAGAGUCGACUCCCUUACGAUAAGAUGACGGCCCAAGAAGGAGCUGGUUUCACCGAUGUGGCGAAUAGUGGUCCGGAAACCCUGAAAGUUUUCCUCCACAUCAGAAACAGACUGCUCCAACUCUGGCUCGAGAACCCCAGACAGGAGCUCACUUAUGACAACGCACUUCAGCGCAUAGAGGUUCCCUUCAAUUCGGACCGAGGGUUGGUCAGGAGGGUGCAUUCGUAUCUGGAGAGACAAGGACUCAUCAAUUUCGGUGUUUUCGAGAGGCUCAGACCUGUACCCGAGAAAAAGAAUGGGAAAGUCAUCGUCAUCGGCGCUGGAAUAUCGGGACUUAUCGCUGCACAACAGCUGCAGCAAUUUGGAAUGGAGGUUUUGGUGCUGGAAGCCCGAGACCGUGUUGGAGGUCGCAUUGCCACAUUCCGCAAAGCCAACUAUAUUGCCGACUUGGGAGCCAUGGUCGUGACGGGACUCGGGGGGAACCCGUUGACAAUACUGUCGAAGCAGAUCCACAUGGAGCUUCAUAAGAUCAAACAGAAAUGUCCACUUUUCGAAAGUAAAGGCUCGACCGUUGAGAAGGAGAAAGAUGAGAUGGUAGAGAGGGAAUUCAAUCGCCUUUUGGAGGCAACUAGUUACCUCUCCCACAACAUCGGUUUCAAUGAAGUCGACAGCAAACCGGUGUCUUUGGGCGAUACUCUGGAAUGGGUCAUCAAACUCCAAGACAAACACAUCAAGGACAAACAGAUUGAGCAUCACAAAACGAUCAUAUCGUUGCAAGAGAAGUUGAAGAAAAAUCAGCAGGAGAUGAUCGGGCUCAGGGAGAUAAUAAAACAGGCCAAUAAGCAGCUGCGAGACAAGAAAGCUGCCGAUGAUGUCAAAGAAUUCGACUUGCGCUCCAAAACCUACGAUCUCAACAACUUCUGCCAGGAAUGGGACGAUCUUGCCGAACAGCAGAGGGAACUCGAGGACAAACUCAUGGAACUCGAAAAUACACCGCCGUCUGAUGUCUAUCUAUCGUCUGGGGAUAGAAGAGUUCUCGAUUGGCACUUCGCCAAUCUCGAAUUCGCGAACGCAACACCGCUAAACAACCUGUCGCUCCGUCAUUGGGAUCAAGACGACGACUUCGGAUUCUCCGGAUCUCAUCUGACUGUCAGGAACGGUUAUUCUUGCGUACCGAUGGCGCUUGUCGAGGGCUUGGACAUCAAGAGAUCGCACACCGUGAGACAGAUCGAGAUCUCACCGACGGGAGUUGUGGUGACAACAGCCACGCCCAAGGGGAACACGAAUCUCCAGACCUUCAAGGCGGACGCCGUCCUGUGCACACUGCCCCUGGGUGUCCUCAAAGAGAGCAUCCAACCUACAGUCAACUCCCAAAACGCGGUACAUUUCGUACCGCCUCUUCCAGAGUGGAAAGUCUCGUCUAUACAGCGCCUCGGCUUCGGCAACCUGAACAAGGUUGUGCUGUGUUUCGAUAGGUUCUUCUGGGACCCGUCGGCAAAUUUGUUCGGCCACGUCGGUUCGACGACUGGCAGUCGCGGCGAGCUUUUCCUCUUCUGGAGUCUCUAUAAAGCGCCGGUGCUUCUUGCGCUGGUAGCCGGUGAAGCCGCGACAAUAAUGGAGAACGUCAGCGACGACGUCAUCAUAGGGCGCUGCAUUGCGGUCCUCAAGGGAAUUUUCGGCAACUCGUUGGUGCCUCAACCCAAAGAAACCGUCGUAACCCGCUGGAAUGCGGAUCCCUGCUCCAGGGGAAGCUAUUCCUAUGUCGCGACCGGAGCAUCUGGGAACGACUACGAUCUGCUUGCCGCUCCCGUCACGCCUCAGGUCACCAACAAUCAACCGCAGGCCCCGGCACGAUUGUUUUUCGCUGGCGAGCACACUAUCCGGAACUACCCUGCAACAGUCCACGGUGCCCUCCUCUCGGGGCUGAGGGAAGCUGGUCGCAUCGCCGACCAGUUUCUCGGAGCACCUUACGUCCCCAGUUCAUGAAGUGUUUUUCACCCAACGUAGAUGAUCCACGAUUUCCAUCAUCGGGAGUGUCUUACAGGUGUAGGUACAUGUGGAUUUCCAUGUGAGACAGCUCGGUCGACCGCCACAUGCGGUUGUAUCAUAUACGUCUCGACCGCUAUUAUUGUUCCGGAUGCAAACGUUUCCAAUUCAUCAGCACGGAAUAUGCAUGAGCGCUUGCAGAACGCUAACGAGAGCUCGUCUCGGUGGUCGGAUACGAUAUCUGCUGCUUAGGGAUAAUUAUUAUUGAUUGAGAUGUGAAGAUCGUCAGCGCUCGCGUUGAGUCUCACCGCGGCUGGAGCUUCACGCCUUGUAAAAUUUACAGAAAGCCAUGUAAAUCAUGCGGAAAUAAUAAAUGCCCAUCAACCAGGGCUCCUGAGAUA